GAGAUGACAGCGCCGAGCCCCAUCAGGCGCUAGUCCCGCCCUGGACGCCGGGCGCCGCCUCCACAGUCUCGGCUUCCGUUGCUGGAUGGGAACCAGCGUGGCCCGUUCAAGGCGAAGGGCACAGGCGCGCCAAGGAGCAGAGCCGCGGGAAGCAGCUCCCUAAGCCACAAUGCUAGUCGCGAACACAGGAAAAAGCUCGUCUCGCCGCCGCGGGACCCCAAGCUCCCGCCGGCAGAAUAUGCCUGUGGGAGCAACGGCCGCGGCGCGGAAUUCUGGGAGUUGCUCGUUGCGCGGCGCGCGGGCACGUCCGCCGGCCACCGGAAGCAGCGCCAUUGCCCGGUGCGUGCAGGUGGCAGCCAAGAGCCUCCUGAUACAGUGGCACCAGGUGGCGCCUAUUGGACCCCAGAGGUCAUCCCAGCUCCAGCCGUGGACACAUUUUCUUCCAAUGAUGUCUACAGAUGAGGGAACUGAGGCCUGGAGAGGUUAAAGAGGCCCAUUCAGAGUCCUACAGCAGCAGACUGGUCUCUUGAGGACCUCUGCCCUCUACACAGCAGCCUCUUCAGGUGCAGGGAGGAAAUGGAAGCAUGUUCUAAGCUGGUUCCACCCCAGGCAUCUGUGUGCUUCGAGGAUGUGGCUAUGGCAUUCACACAGGAGGAGUGGGAACAGCUGGACCUGGCCCAGAGGACACUGUACCAAGAGGUGACGCUGGAGACCUGGGAGCAUAUUGUCUCCCUGGGGCUUUUCCUUUCCAAAUCUGAUGUGAUCUCUCAGCUGAAGCAAGAAGAGGACCUGUGCAGGGCAGAGCAGGUGGCCCCCCGAGACUGGAAGACUACCCUUGAGGAGAAUAGGUUGAAUUCUGAAAAAGAUGGAGCUAGGGAAGAACUGUCCCACCACAUGGAAGUGAAACAGUGUGUACAGGAGGAGCCACCCUGUUUGGUGUCAUUAGGAAAAGUGCACGAUCAGAGCAACCAGGAACCAGUGACCUUCCGGGAUGUGGCUGUGGACUUUACCCAGGAGGAAUGGGGGCAGCUGGACCCUACCCAGAGGAUCCUCUACCGUGACGUGAUGCUGGAGACCUUUGGGCACCUGCUCUCCAUAGGUCCUGAGCUUCCGAAGCCUGAAGUCAUCUCCCAGCUGGAGCAAGGGACCGAGCUAUGGGUGGCCGAGAGAGGAACCAUCCAGGGCUGCCAUCCAGGCUGGGAGGCUCCAUCUGAAAGCCAAGCAUCACGCAAGGAAGAGGACCUUCCUGAAGAGCAGCCAUCCCGUGUCACAGGAAGGGAAGGAUUCCCGACAGGUGCUCCUCAUCCCACCACGUUAGAGAAAGACGGGGAGUGUCAGAGCCAGGGUCUGGCACUCAAGGAGCAGAGUAACUUGAAGCAGUUGGAAUUUGGCCUCAAGGAAGCACCAGUUCAAGAUCAAGGCUACAAAACUCUCAGACUUGGGGAAAACGGCGUCCUGAGUUCAAGCCCAAAUCCAUUCCUGGAGAUCUCGAGAGGAGAGUAUUUCUGUACCUAUGACUCACAGGUUACAGACUCAGAACGUAACUCCAGCUUAGUCAGUCAGCAGACAGGCUCCCCAGGAAAACAGCCCGGUGAAAACAGUGACUGUCACAGAGCUUCCAGUCAGGCCAUUCCAGUUACGGAGCUCACAAAAAACCAGGCGCAGGACAAACCCUACAAAUGUACCGACUGUGGGAAGUCGUUUAACCACAACGCACACCUCACUGUGCACAAGAGGAUUCAUACGGGAGAAAGACCUUAUAUGUGCAAGGAGUGCGGGAAAGCCUUCAGCCAGAACUCCUCCCUCGUUCAGCACGAGCGUAUCCACACUGGAGACAAGCCCUACAAGUGCGCCGAAUGUGGGAAGUCUUUCUGCCAUAGUACACACCUUACCGUCCACCGGAGGAUUCACACUGGGGAGAAGCCCUAUGAGUGUCAGGACUGUGGGCGGGCCUUCAACCAGAACUCCUCCCUGGGUCGGCACAAGAGAACACACACUGGGGAGAAGCCAUACACCUGCAGCGUGUGCGGGAAAUCCUUCUCUCGGACCACUUGCCUUUUCCUGCACCUGAGAACUCACACCGAGGAGAGGCCCUACGAGUGUAACCACUGCGGGAAGGGCUUCAGGCACAGCUCAUCGCUGGCCCAGCACCAGCGGAAGCACGCAGGGGAGAAGCCUUUUGAGUGCCGCCAGAGGCUGAUCUUUGAGCAGACGCCAGCUCUCACAAAGCAUGAAUGGACAGAAACCCUGGGCUGUGACCCACCUUUGAGUCAAGAUGAGAGGACUCACCGGAGCGACAGGCCCUUCAAAUGUAAUCAGUGUGGGAAGUGUUUCAUUCAGAGCUCUCACCUCAUCCGGCACCAGAUAACUCACACCAGAGAGGAGCAGCCUCAUGGGCGAAACCGGCGGCGUGAACAGUCCUCGAGCAGGAACUCAGGUCUAGUUCAGCAUGAACACUCGAACUCCAGAAAGAGCUCUGCAGGCGGAGCAAAGGCAGGGCAGCCAGAAAGCAGAGCCCUGGCUUUGUUUGACAUCCAAAAAAUCAUGCAAGAGAAAAACCCCGUGCGUCAUUGGAGUGGAAGAGCCUUGUGGGCGCUUCCGUGUUAUUUGACAUCCGAGAAUCCACAUAGGAGAGAGACUUUGCUGAUGACUUUUAACCACAGGUACAAAAAUGUGGUAAGUCCACAUAAUGUACUCAUGAAAAGAGGGGCUGGGGGUAGAAAUGUCAUCGGUGACUUCUGACUUUCUGAGGAAAUGACGCUUCCCAAGCACCCAAGGUUGGUUGGUCCAAAUCUAUCAAACUCAGUGCCCUCUUUAGCGACAUCUUUUGUGACAUUCCUUCCAUUACAGCACGGUGAGUUCACAGGUAAUAUAACCUACCCACCUGUGUAAUGUCAAGAAAUCAGUAUGCAACCCUGUUUUGUAAAGGAUCAUUAAAAUGAAAGUAAUUUAUGGUAGAGUAAAUUGUAGAGUAACGUGUACUGACUUGGUGCAGUAUUUCUCCUUGUCACUGUGGGCCCAAUUUUGCCAGGAGACCUAGGACAGUAGCCUGUUGCUUGCGGACUGGUAGAGGGUAUGAUGUUGACCAUGGCAAUACUGUAAGGGGCCUUCCCACGUGGAACGUGACCUUCCAAAGUAGUAACCAACUCUUGGAAACGUUUUUAACAAUACAAUGUGCUAUUGCAUUUCUGGGAAAUUCUGGGUAAAUUCCAGGCAUACAGCAGUUAGCUUGUGCUUAUGUGUGAAGUCAAGUUAGGUUCUCAGUUCAUACCCUGAGAUCUGUUGAUGUGGUCCACUGGGGGCAGUUCUGUUCCUCACCAUCUUUGCAGCAUGCAUGGCUCCUGCCCACGUUUCAGCCACACCCCCAACCCAAUUACAUGACUAGCCCCCAUGAAAUUUCACAGCAUUCCCUGCAGGGGAGUGUCACAGCUCCUCUUGAAAAACAUCUGGUGUUGCUAUGAGCCAGAGGUUCUUUUUUUUGUUUUUUUCUUUGAGAUGGAGUCUUGCUCUGUCACCCAGGCUGGAGUGCAAUGGAGCAAUCUUGACUCACCACAACCUCCGCCUCCCAG